AUGAGCGUGAAGAUGAGCGCCACAGCGGCGCACCUUGCGGUGCGGCAGGGCGACCUGCAGCAGCUGCAGGCGGCGCUGGCGCAGCACCCCGAGCAGGCCGCCGCUGACGACGCGCACGGCUGGGCGCCGCUGCACGACGCCGCGCAGCUGGGCAGCCUGGCCUGCCUGCGCGCCCUGCUGGCGGCCGGCGCCGACGUCGACGCAGCCAACAGCCGCGGCGCCACGGCCCUGUUCCUGGCGGCGGGCAAGGGGCACGAGGGCUGCGUGCGGGAGCUGCUGGCGGCCGGGGCCAGCACCGGCGCGGCAGAGGCCACCGGCAUGACCCCACUGCACAUCACCGCCGGCAUGGGCCACCUGGGCUGCCUGCGCACGCUGCUGGCGGAGGGCGCGGAGGUGGAGGCCGCCGACGGAGAGGGCUACACGCCGCUGCUGCUGGCGGCGCAGCGGGGGCAGGCGCCGUGCCUGCGCGCGCUGCUGGCCGCGGGCGCAGACCUGACGGCCACGGAGCGCAGCCUGGGCUUCCAGCCGUUGCACCUGGCUGCCGCCAGCGGCAACGUGGCCUGCCUCAGGCAGCUAAUUGACUCCCGGGCGGACCUGGAGGCAGGGGACAGCGCUGGCAGGAGCGCCCUGUGCUGGGCGGCAGCCAAAGGCCAGCUGGCGGCCAUCCGGUGCCUGGUGGCCGCGGGGGCGGCGCCGGCCGGGCCGGGCGGGUGGGGGGCCUCCCCCCGCGAGGUGGCGCUGCGGGAGCAGCAGCCGGCCGCGGCGCAGCUGCUCCAGGAGCUUGAGCGCCAGCAGGGGGGCGGCAAGCGGCAGCCGGUUCCAGACGGUGGCAGCUCGCAACAGCAGCACCAGGAGCAGGCGGAGGCUUCCACCUCUGAACAGGCGGCUGCAGCAGCCGAGGCGGCCGCCGCCGAGCUGCUGGCAGAGGAGGAGCGCGAGGAGGAGCAGCAGGCGGCCAGGCAGGCGGCCAAGGCCGCCAAGCGGCAGCGCCAGAAGGAGCGGCAGCGCCAGCGGGCUGCUGCAGCGACGGAAGAGGCGCAGGAGGAGGCAGCAGGGGAGACAGCGGCGCCAGAGCCGCUCCCAGCGCCAGAGCCGCUCCCAGCGCCAGAGCCGGCUGGGCCGCGGCCGGAUGCGGCGGCGACAGCAGCGGGCGCAGGCACGCCUCAGGCAGCCGUCAGCUUUGCUGCCUCCCCCUUGCCUCCUCGCAAGGACUUGGGCAGUCUGCUGUGCUCGGCUUUCUCGCCCUCCGCUGCAACAGACGACGGCCAGGGGGCCGUCGGCGCACGCCCUGCAGCGUCGGCCGGGGUGGCGGCGGCGGCAGCCAAAGGCAGGACCAGCAGCGAAGUCAGCGUUGAGCUGGCGCACCUACUGAAGCAGCUAGGCCUGCACGCCCAGGUUGGAGGCCAGCCAGCACCAGAGAAGGGAGCGCCUGGCAGCGCUGCCGCGGGCGUGGAGCCAGCCUCCGGCCCAGCAGCAGCAGCGCCGGCGGCGGCGCCUGGCCCCGGCCCCGGCCUCGCGCCGCGGUCGGCGGGGCAGGCCGACAGGGGCAAAGCAGGCAGCAGCGUCAGCGCUGAGCUGGCACAGCUGCUGCAGCAGCUGGGGGUGCUGCCAGCAGAGGAGCGCGCUGGCCCUGCUGCCGCCUCCUCCCCGCAGCCCCGCAGCAGGGCAGCACCUGUGCCUGUGGCGGUGGCGGCAGCCAGCAUAGACAAGGCGCCAGAGGCAGGCAGCCCUGCGCCGGCUGCAGCGGGAACAGCCCAGGAAGCUGCUGCUACGCUCGCCUCUGCCCCCAGCGGUCUGACGCCCGCCGCCAGUGGCCUGACCCCCGCCACCAGCGGCCUGCCCCCUGGCCUGCUCAGCGAGCUACUGUGCCCCAUCACCCAGGAGCCGAUGCGUGACCCCGUGGUGGCGGCGGAUGGCAACCUGUACGAGCGAGCCGCCAUUGAGGCCUGGAUUGCGCGCCAGCAGGCCACGGGCCAGCCACCCUGCUCCCCCCUCACCAACCAGCCGCUGGAGCACUUGGUGCUGACGCCUGUGCGGGCGCUGCGAGUGAUGGUUGCAGACCUACUGGCGGCGGGCCUGCUGGAGUGA